UUAUCUUUUAACACAUGUGAAAUAUUGCUGAGGUAAUUGCGCGGCAAGUAGUAGGAAGAAACGGAUUUGCCAAAAGUCAACGACGACGACGGCAUUAGAUUUGCGAUUAAGCUUAAGCCCUUUCUUUCUUCUCGUCUCUCGUCUCUCGUCUCUCGUCUCUCUCUGUUAUCUUUAUCGUCGUUUUGGAAAAUCUCAGAGCAUAAAACCUUUUCAGAUCGUUUUAAGAAGAAUGAAAUGAACGCUGUGGCUGACUUGGCAUCAGGUUCUUUCGGGGGAGCUUUGGUCUCGGAGGCUCUGAAACUUGCCAUCGCCGAGGCAAAGAAGUACAAAUCAUUCAAACCCCUGUCCAAGGAUCUCGUCUCCACGAUGACCAGAUUGCUUCCCUUGACCCAAAAGAUCGAUUCCCUGCGAGACAAGCUAGACCACAGUUCCGGAGAGCUACAUGAACUCAGGGAUACCAUCGAACAAGCUCAUCUACUGAUUCACAAGUUUCAGAGCGUCCGGUUUUACAAUAAACCCAAAUACGCCAGAAAAAUCGAGAGGAUCAAUAAAGCUAUGGUCAAGUUCUGUGGCAUCGAUCUCCAGCUUCUUCAGUUUAGGGACCAGUUGGAUCUGUCCCUUGUGGUGGAGGGUUUGGGUAAGAGAAUGGACAGCUUGAGUGUUGCUCCUGCACUGCCUUUUUUUACGGAUCAUCUUUGCUCUGUUCCAAAGCUUGAUAAGUCCCCCUCCCCCGUUGGGUUGGACUGGCCUUUGAUGGAUCUUAACAAGAGAUUCAUUGACAAUCCUAAUGUGGAUACUCUCGUGGUCUCUGCUCCUCCCGGGUGCGGCAAGACCACCCUCGUUACUCACCUUUGCAACAAUGCACACGUCAAAAGGCAUUUCAAGCAUAUCUUGUUUAAUGUUGUCUCAAGUACUCCUAACUUCAGGACCAUUGUACAGAAUCUACUCCAGUACAACGGUCACGCUCCCCAAACGUUUGAGAACGAUACUCAAGCAGCCGUUGCCUUGAGAAAACUGCUGGAGAAACUCAUUGAAGACGGUCCUGUACUGCUGGUGUUGGAUGAUGUCUGGCAGGGAGCUGAUUCUUUCCUUGAGAAGUUCCGUAUUAGCAUUCUGGGUAACUAUAAAGUUUUGGUGACUUCUAGGUCUGAGUUUCAGAGCUUUGGCCCCACUUAUUAUCUGAAACCUUUGGAAUAUGAAAAUGCAAGAGCCCUUCUCGUUCAAUGGGCAUCACCGCGUAACAACGCCUCUCCAGAUGAGUACGAACAUCUUCUCAAAAAGAUAUUGAAACGUUGCAAUGGAUUCCCAAUCGUAAUUGAAGUAAUUGGCCGUUCACUCAAUGGAAGAUCUCUAAAUACAUGGAAAGGGCAGGUGGAAAGCUGGUCUCAAGGGGAAACAGUUCUUGAUAGUCCUCCUCAGCCUACUGUGCUUGAAUGUCUCCAGCCUAGCUUCAAUGCCUUGGAACCCACUCUUCAGAAGUGUUUCAUGGACAUGGGCUGCUUUCUUGAGGACCAAAAGAUACGCGCUUCUGUCCUAAUUGACAUAUGGAUGGAACUAUACUGUAAAAGUAGGAGUAGUAGCAGUACCGUGUGCAUGAAGUACCUUGAAGACCUUGCCUCCCAGAAUCUACUUAAACUUGUUCCUCUCGGAAAUGAGCAGGAAGAGGGUUUCUACAAUGAGUAUUUAGUCACUCAACAUGAUAUCCUCAGGGAGCUGGCUAUCCAUCAAAGCGGAUUAGAAGCAUUCUUGGAAAGAAAAAGAUUAAAUUUGGAGAUAAGAGAGGCUCAAUUUCCAGACUGGUGUUUGAAUCAAAUGGAACCUAUUAUCAUCAAUGCCUCUCUCUUGUCUAUCUCUACAGAUGAUUUGUUCUCAUCGAAUUGGAUUGAAAUGGAAUGUCCCAAUGUCGAGACUUUGAUUCUCAACAUCUCUUCACAAAACUUUGCAUUACCGAGCUUCAUUUCUGGAAUGAAGAAGCUAAAGGUUCUGAUAAUCACAAACCACGGUUCUUAUCCAACAAGACUGACCAGAUUCUCGUGCCUCAGCUUAUUACCAAACCUGAAACGGAUCAGACUGGAGAAAGUUUCAGUCACUUCGCUGGACAUUCUCCACUUGCUGCUCGUCAGUCUGAAGAAGUUGUCUUUGGUUAUGUGUAGCUUCGGUGAGGUUUUCUACGACAUUGAAGAUGAAACAAUAGAUGUCUCUAGAGCUCUUCCUAGUUUACAGGAGAUCGACAUAGACUAUUGCUACGAUCUUGAUGAGUUGCCGUAUUGGGUCUGUGAAGUUGUUUCGUUGAAGACACUUAGCAUCACGAACUGUAACAAGCUCUCUCUACUUCCUGAGGCUAUAGGAAACUUGAGUAGUCUACAAGUGUUGAGGCUGAGUUCUUGUAUUAAUCUCUCUGAGCUGCCUGAAACGGUGGAGAGACUCGGGCAAUUGCAGUUUCUGGAUAUUUCGCAUUGCUUAGGACUGAGAAAGUUGCCUCUAGAGAUUGGGAAGCUGCAGAAGCUGAAGAAGAUGUCGAUGAGGAAAUGUUGGAGAUGCGAGCUGCCGGACUCAGUGAGGAGUCUAGAGGGCCUGGAGGUGAAAUGCGAUGAAGAAACUGGGUUGGUCUUGUGGGAAAGGUUGAAGCCGAAAAUGAGAAGCUUGAGAGUUCAUGUGGAGGAAAUAGAGCAUAAUCUGAACUUACUUCAUAUGUUUUAAUGUUUGUAUGUGUCUUGUUAUUCAAGAUGGUCCCAAGGUAAAUAGAAGAAAUGUUGUAUGCUUCUGUUUUUAUUAAUAAAUAGAAUAACUUUCACACUA